AUGAGGCCUAUUAGUCUUAGUAAUUUCAUUAACAAAGUCCUUUCCGUGGUAAUUCAUGAUAAAUUGGAGGCUAUCCUUCGAAAGUUGUUUUAUCCAAACCCAUCUGGAUUUGUAAAGGGUAGAAAUAUCAUAGAGAAUGUGUUGUUGACACAGGAGAUUGUUUCAGAUAUCAGGUUGAGGGGAAAACCUACUAAUGUUAUACUUAAAAUUGACAUGACCAAGGCUUAUGACAUAGUGUCAUGGUUAUUUUUAACCAAGGCUUAUGGUUUUUUCCAUUCUUCUAGAAGGUUCAAACAAGAUGAUCCCCUAUCUCCUGCACUUUUUAUCCUGGCAGCUGAGGUUCUGUCAAGAUCUCUUAAUUCAUUGUUUGAUGAUAAGGAAUUCAAAGGUUUUGGAAUGCCAAAAUGGAUCCCUCAGUUGAAUCAUCUUGCUUAUGCCGAUGAUACUAUCAUCUUUUCAUUUGCAGACAGUUCUUCUUUGAAACAGAUUAUAGAGACUUUGUGUGGUACCGCAAAUGUGUGGUAUGAUAACUGGAUCAAGAUUGGUGCUCUAUAUUAUGUUCUUGAUGAGAUUGAUGAAUCAGUGGAGGAUAUUAAAGAACUAAUGCUAGAUGGAGGCUGGAAUCUUAUGAAACUACAACAGCUGUUUCCUGCUGAUAUUGUCUCUCAUAUCACUACUGAACUAGACUUUACAGAAGUGUAA